AAAAUUAACUUUUCUUUUUCAGAUCCGGCCUUGUUUUUCUUUUUCACGAAGAAUUAAAAAACACUGAAAAUGACUUUACCGAAAAUAAGAGACGAGGAGAAGGAAUCGCAGUUUGGCUAUGUCUUCGCCGUCUCCGGCCCUGUCGUCACUGCGGAGAAAAUGUCUGGCUCUGCUAUGUACGAAUUGGUCAGAGUUGGAUAUUUUGAACUUGUCGGCGAGAUCAUUCGUCUUGAAGGUGACAUGGCAACAAUUCAGGUGUACGAGGAAACUUCGGGUGUCACUGUAGGUGAUCCUGUACUGAGAACUGGAAAGCCCCUUUCUGUUGAGCUCGGCCCUGGUAUUCUGGGCAGUAUUUUUGAUGGGAUUCAGCGACCUCUCAAGGACAUUAAUGAGAUUUCGAACAGCAUUUACAUCCCAAAGGGUGUAAACAUCCCUGCCCUAUCAAGAAGUACCAAAUGGGACUUCAGCCCAUUAAACAUCAAAGUCGGCAGCCAUGUGACUGGAGGUGAUCUGUAUGGUGUGGUCCAGGAGAACACACUCGUCAAACAUAAAAUGCUUGUACCUUUAAAGGCAAAAGGAACAGUGACAUACAUUGCCCCAGCUGGCUCCUACACAGUUGAAGAUGUCGUAAUGGAAACGGAAUUUGAUGGAGAGAAGAUGAAAGUCACUAUGUUGCAAGUAUGGCCUGUGAGACAGCCUCGUCCUGUUACAGAAAAGCUUCCAGCCAACUACCCACUUCUUACCGGGCAACGUGUCUUAGAUGCUCUUUUCCCAUGUGUGCAGGGAGGUACAACAGCCAUUCCUGGAGCCUUCGGUUGCGGAAAGACUGUGAUUUCGCAAGCCCUCUCUAAAUACUCCAACUCUGAUGUCAUCAUUUAUGUUGGUUGUGGAGAAAGAGGAAAUGAAAUGUCUGAGGUAUUGAGAGAUUUCCCAGAACUUUCUGUUGAAAUUGAUGGAGUGACAGAAUCAAUUAUGAAGAGAACAGCGCUAGUCGCCAACACGUCUAACAUGCCUGUAGCUGCUCGAGAAGCUUCCAUCUACACAGGAAUCACAUUAUCAGAAUAUUUCCGUGACAUGGGUUACAAUGUGUCUAUGAUGGCCGAUUCAACAUCUCGUUGGGCCGAGGCUCUGAGAGAAAUCUCCGGCCGUCUGGCUGAAAUGCCUGCCGACAGCGGUUAUCCUGCUUACUUAGGUGCUCGUUUGGCUUCAUUCUACGAAAGAGCCGGCCGAGUCAAAUGUCUGGGAAAUCCGGAGAGAGAGGGCUCUGUGAGUAUUGUCGGUGCUGUAUCACCUCCUGGUGGUGACUUCUCAGAUCCUGUAACAUCGGCUACACUCGGUAUCGUACAGGUCUUCUGGGGUUUAGAUAAGAAACUUGCUCAAAGGAAGCACUUUCCCUCAAUUAACUGGCUUAUCUCAUACAGCAAAUACAUGCGAGCGCUUGAUGACUUUUAUGACAAAAACUUCAGCGAGUUUGUCCCACUCAGGACAAAAGUUAAGGAAAUAUUGCAGGAAGAGGAAGACUUGUCAGAAAUUGUACAACUUGUUGGUAAAGGCUCAUUGGCCGAAUCUGAUAAAAUCACUUUGGAAAUAGCUAAACUCCUUAAGGAUGACUUUUUGCAACAAAACAGCUACUCACCAUACGACAGAUUCUGCCCAUUUUACAAGACUGUCGGCAUGCUGAAGAACAUGAUAGCAUUUUACGACAUGGCAAGGCACGCCGUAGAGUCGACGGCUCAAAGCGAGAACAAAAUCACAUGGGCUGUCAUCAAAGAGAGCAUGGGAAAUAUUCUUUAUCAGCUUUCUUCCAUGAAAUUCAAGGAUCCUGUGAAGGAUGGUGAGGCCAAAAUUAGAGCCGAUUUCGACCAACUUCAUGAAGACAUGCAACAAGCCUUCAGAAACCUGGAAGACUAAUUAACUUGUAAAUUAAAUCCUCCGUCGACAAUAGCAACACCACAGUUAUCGUGUAUCAGUGCAAUCUACAUUUUUCUUUGUCCAUACCACCCUUUAAUUUAUCGCGUUUUUAUUUUACUUCUUCAACAUUAUUGUAUAUAUGGAAAAAAUUGUAAAAUUGAGAUAUAUAUAUUAAGAACAUGAAGCAGUGAGAGAGAAAUAGUGUAUAUCAUUUGUUUGUUGAAGGGUUUUUGGGCUUUAGAUAUUAUGAUUAGUUGUAUAUCUAGGGUAGAUUAAGCUUUUCAUACAAUUUUUGACCUUCGACGUCAUUUGUUAAAAUUUUGAAAAGCAUUUAGGGUGCGGUUAAUAUUUCUUUGUUAAUAAAUUCUCACCAUUUCAGCAUUCCAUUUAUAUAAGUAAAAUAUAUGUAUAUAAAAAUUAUAUACAUGUGACUGUAAAUUAAAUUUAAAUUGAAAUGAAAUUAUAUAAGAUUGGUGGAAAUGUAAACAAACCCAGUAUUAACAGUAAUAGUAUAUCAAAAAUAUCACUGUGUAAUUAAUUAUGUUAUUAAUAUUGUUGAAUUUUUAAAAUUGAUUUAUUUUCUUU